AUGGCGGACGGAGGAGCAGCGAGUCAAGAUGAGAGUUCAGGACCAGAUGCUAAAGUGAAUAAUCAGUCAGAAACUACUAAAUGUGCAAUGGAAAGUGGUGACGGAAACAGCGGGAUCCAAACCAAUGGAUUGGACUUUCAGAGGCAGACUGUGCCAACCACAAGUGCAAUCACAAAUGCACAUGCACAAGCCCUCCUCCAACAGUUGACCCUGACCCCAGCGCAGCAGCAGCUGUUGAUCCAGCAGGCCCAAGCUCAGCUCCUGGCUGCUGCCGUGCAGCAUUCGGCCAGCCAGCAGAACAGCACCACUGGGGCGAACAUCUCGGCCUCCGCAGCCACACCCAUUACCCAACUGCCCCUGUCACAGCCCAUCCAGAUCACCCAACAGCUGCAGCAGCAGAAUCUAAGUCUGCCUCAGUUUGUUCUGGUUCAGCCUGGCCACCCAAUCGCCACACCACUGCAGCCCACUCAGUUCAUCAUCUCACAGACACCACAGGCCCAACAGGGCAUAUUGCAAGCCCAGAGUCUUCUAACUCAACUACCUCAAAGCCAAGCUAACCUCCUGCCGACUCAACCAAGCAUCACUCUUGCAACUCAGCCUGCAACACCAACCCGCACAACAACAGCCACACCUAUUCAGUCCCUGCCCCACAGUCAGACACCACCCAAGCGGUUGGAUACCCCCACUCUGGAGGAGCCUAGUGAUCUGGAGGAGCUGGAGCAGUUUGCCAAGACCUUCAAACAGAGACGUAUCAAACUGGGCUUCACACAGGGGGAUGUUGGCCUGGCCAUGGGGAAGCUGUAUGGAAACGACUUCAGCCAAACUACCAUCUCUCGCUUUGAGGCCUUGAAUCUGAGCUUUAAGAACAUGUGCAAACUGAAGCCAUUGCUGGAGAAGUGGCUUAAUGAUGCAGUUUGUGCAGAGAACCUGACAUCUGACCAGGCCCUGUCCAGCCCCAGUGCCCUGGGCUCCCCAGGCAUGGGCAUAGAGGGGAUCAACCGCAGACGGAAGAAGAGGACCAGUAUUGAGACCAACAUCCGAGUGGCCUUAGAAAAGAGCUUUCUGGAGCAGAACCAAAAACCUACCUCUGAAGAGAUCACCAUAAUCGCUGACCAGCUCAACAUGGAGAAGGAAGUGAUUCGGGUCUGGUUCUGCAAUCGCCGGCAGAAGGAGAAGAGGAUUAACCCCCCCAGCAGUGGCAACAGCGGAGGAGGCAGCACCCCCAUCAAAACCAUCUUUACCCCCAGUAGCCCUUUGGUGGCCAGCACACCGAGCCUUGUGAGCAGUCCAACUAUUAACACACCCACCACUCUGACUGUAAACCCAGUGAUGCCUCUCACCAGCACCAGUGUCUCCAGUUUGUCUUUCACAGGCACAACAGUUGGAGCCACAAACACAGCGUCCGUCAUCUCCACCGCACCUAUGGUUACCACAUCAGCCAGCUCUCCAUCUCUAAGCCCGUCACCAACGACUAUUCAGUCCACGACCACAGAGAGCAAGGCUGGCACUCAGGCACAAACCAUCGUCACCCAGGCUCCGACAUCCAUAGCCACCACUUUAGGGACGGGUCAGGUGAUGGUGGCUGCUCCGGGGCUGUCUGCAGCGCUGCAGGGUGCUGCCCAGUUACCCGCCAGUGCUAACUUUGCUGCUAUGGCUGCUGCUGCAGGGCUCAACCCAGGGCUGAUGGCUUCCUCGCAGUUCACACAAGGGGGAGCCCUGUUCAGUCUGGCUCCUGGUGGCCUUGGCAGUGCGCUGAGUCCAGCCCUCAUGAGUAACAGCACUCUGGCUACCAUUCAAGCUCUGGCAUCGAGCGGCACGAUCCCCAUCACUUCUCUGGAUGGCAGUAACCUGCUCUUCGCCAACACCUCUGCUGGCAACACGCCCAACCUGGUGACCACGCCUCUCUUCCUGAACCCCCAGAACCUGUCGCUGCUCACCAGCAACCCCGUCAGCCUGGUGUCAGCCGGAGCGGGGGGGCUGCAGGUCACCGCUGAUGCUCAUCAACAAGCCACCACGGCUGCUGUGCCUGUGCAAGCCUCGACCAUUACCACUGCCUCCAAGGCUCAGUGAAGCCAGUCAGGCUGCAUCCUGAAUUAACGCCCUAUUUCUUAUGUCGUGCACUACUCUUAUCACACCACGUAGGGAAUAGGGAGGUCGCUUGAUAUAGGCUCUGUGCUUCACUAACCACCCCACAUUCUUUCCAUUGUAUCUAUCAUUAUUUAAUCCUUUUGCUGCCACCAAAAAGAAAAGAACCUCAAACGAGGUAGAGGUUUAACUUUUUCCUUUUUUUUUUUUUUUUUUGCUGUCUUUUCCUCUUAAUGAUUCUUGGAUGUUUAUUCCACAAACAGUCGCCAGAUGGACACUGUUGUUGGUCUGCCGCUCCUCAUGAAAUCAUAAAGUGUCCAGGGACAAAAUAUCCUUGGUACCAUCAAGUUAUUCACAUUUUGUACAUAUAUAUAUAUAUAUAUCUCCUCCUAUUUCCAGGUCAGAAUUUUCUCUGAAAUACUUCUAACCAAAAACUUUAGGAUUUUGCUCUUUUAACAUUCAAACUAAACUGAUUUACUACUAAUUUCACAAUAUUCAUCAUCACUAAUGGGGAUUUGUGUGUGACCCCAUAUUUUGAUUAUCCGUUUUGGGUUUUUGGACAGGCCUUGACGUAAAUCAUAUCAAAGUUAUAUUUUAGAGACUUUUUUCCUUUAUCUUAACUGUCUGUAUUUUUUGACAUUUUCAGAACUUUGUAAGUCUAAUAUUAAGUUAAGAUUUAACUAUCACUUUUUAAUCGUGGUUAUAAGGCUUUAAAAACAAGUAAUAAGUGGCCGACAUAAAGGUUAUCAUUGCUUUAAGGGUCGGAGGGACCAGAUGUGUCUCUCUGAGUCUCUCUUUCUGGAAACACUGAGUUUUACAUCGUGCUGUGGCGGUGAAGUAGCCGCUGAGCUUUUGUAAAAUGGCGGUCUCGGUGUGGAUCAUAGACACUGAUAGAACAUGACUGAAAACAUUAUGUUGAGAGCUUUAAAAAGAGCUGCAGACGUGCAGUCCCGUGUCUGAUUAAUGGUGAUUUGUUUUGGAUGGUGAUCCAUUGGAAAACUGUACAUUGUGUUUGGGUUCAGAGGUAGGAAGUAAAAGUCUGCAUGUGUUGUCUACAGCUCAGGCAGAUGCUGAGAGUUCAGUAACUGCAUAAGGCUCUGCGGCCGACUGGUCUGUUUUGAGGAGGACUAGUCAAAGGGCAUGGACAUCAUACCAAAAGUAUGGUGGCAUUGGCUAGAUGAGGUUAUUGUAUUGUGGGUUUUUUUUUUUGUUUGUUUCUUUUUAUAGUAGUACCGUUGUAUCUACUUGUGCACAGUAUCUGUACCAAAAAACUGGAUUGAUGAGCUGCAGUCUGCCUUUUUUGGGAGGAAUGAAAUUCUGUCUUUUUUUUUUUUUUUUUUUUGUCUGCAGUCACUUGACUGGCUUACGUACUUUAAGAUAUACCAAAAAUAUUUGUUAAAAUAAUUGCUGUGUGUAGUUGGUGUAGCUUAGUCUAGUCAAUAUAUUUAUGAGUACAGAAUCUCUCUUCAUUGUCAACAGAUAUUAGAAAUGCAAUAUUUUGAUCAUUUUCCAAAGAUGACCGUUUUUUUUUUUUGUUUUGUUUUGUUUUGUUUUUGUUUUGCUUUUUUUAAAUUUGACCAAGUGUCUCAUAGCUCAACUUUUAAUUGGCAGCACAACUGACCAAAAAGAGAGUGACAGGUGGGUUGGGGCAUGAGAAAGUAGUUUCCUUUUACGCUUUAUGAAUUGAUUUUUAUCAGCGGGGCCUCGCCCCUAAUGCCUGAUUUUGGUUUUCUUUGAGCCAUUUGAUGGCUUUUUUUUUUUUUUUUUUUUUUUCUUGUUUUAAAUCAGUUUUGGCCGUUUUGGUAGCAGUUUUGGACUUUUCUGAAGCAUGAUAGAAAGGUUCUGUUGUUUGGUUUUGUAAUAAUAUUCAGCCAUAAAACAACAGCUUGAACCAAAGUGGUUUUCCUCAGUAGUCGCUGUGCCUGUCCGAGCACACAAGUUGCCGUUCAUGAUCUCUACUCUCCACACUGCUAAAGCAAAAUAUUUUCUUCUUCUCUCACCUCGGUCGAUAAUUCCUGAUUUGGUGCUGCUGGAUAAGGAUCACAGAAACUUAGCUUUAACAACUUGCUGCUGAAGCUCCUGGUGAAGUUGCGCUGUUGAGAGGCCUGCAUGCUUUCCUAUAGCUUUAUGACUACAUCCUGUGAAAAUCAGGUUUUGUGGUUCGGACCCUUCCAUCUGGAGGGCUCACCAAUGUAAAUGAAUAGAUCCGUUCGUCAGACGACAUACUACACCUCCUCUCAGCACCACCAUUUUUGAACCAGCAUGUUUGGAAACGAUAUGCUGCUCCCUAAAUCUGCCUGUGGACUAGUUUAAAACCUGCCAAAUUACCUUACCCAACACGUCGUGGGGCUAAGUACUCUUCUGUGCUACACAUUCAUCUAAACCCCAAACAAAAGUAGCAUUGUUCUGCUGCUUCCAAAUAGGAAAAUGAGUUACCACAGUGAUUAUCGAAUCAGUGAGACUGUAAGCAGCAGCAUUUGUCCAUGUUAUCCUCUUGUGUACUUCUUUUCUGUUGUUGAUUUAUUUUGACUGAAUAUACCUCAGCAGCACUUAAACAUAAGGUUCACCUUUAGACAUUUCUGUGUAUACAACAGUGUAGAAUGUAUAAGUACUGUCUGGCUUACCAUUCAGAGUUUAUACUGAUGAACCAUACAUAAUACAUACAUAGGAACCAUACAUAAAAAAGGACAACCUACUACUGCUAUUUUCUAGUACUACUAUUUAUGGGGUAUUUCCAGGUUUGAAUAUUAUUUUGAGAUCCUUCUUGCCAAAGUAAAAGCCUUUCUCUUUGCAGCUGGGCGGGUGUCUGGCUGCUCACGUUGCUGGUUUCCCUGUCUUUGAGGCCACGACGGGCCUAAAGGACUCAGUCCUGUUCCAGUGCUGUUUGUUAUUAAAGAGUUGGACGUGUGAUAGCAAGAUGAACCAGUUGCCAUCGGCACCAUACAAUGUUACUGAGAUAUUUAUCUGAGGAAAGACUUAAGAAUUAGAGAAACAAUCUUUUCUUAAUUCUAUACAUAUAAAUAUAUAUAUAAACACUUGUAAGAUAUUCAUAUUUUAUAUUUGAACCAGUAUGUUAUCAAGACUGAAUGUAGUGUUUAUCAUGCUUACUCAAAAAAUCUCCCCUAAAUCUUCCUUUUUAUUAUUGCAAAAGAGCAAAUUUGUUUUUUUAAACUGUCAAGACCAAAAAAAAAAAAAUAAUAAUAAUAAGAGAAGAAAUCUGAGGCCACGCCCCAAUGGAGCGUGAGUCGCUGACACCUGUGUCUGUCGUGUAUCGGCGAGGUCUUUUCAAUGGGAGGCUUUCGUUCUGGCGCUCCUGACAGACGGACCCUGUGGUUUGGUAGGAGACUCUGAAGCAUCUGAUCUUAAUCUUUUAAUAGAUUUUUGUUUUGUUUUGUCUUUUUUGGUUGAGUCAUUGUGGACUUGAUUUGCUGUGCUGUCUUUAACAAUCAUUUGUUUUUUUAAAAUAUUACUUUAUGCCUUUGUUUUGUAUAGUGUCAGAGGGCAAGAUCACUGGCUUUCUUAGUUUGACAAAGAAGAUUAACAUUAUCAUUUAUGCCUUAUUGUUACGUAGAAGACAUGAGCAUUGUAGCAUUGUUGUUGUGUGCGAGUGUGAGUGAGAGCUUUAGCGUUGAGCUCACCCGGUGCAUUGUUUUCACUGAAACAAUACAGUGUACUUUGGGCAUUUUUGGCGCGUGGGAUGAUUACGUUGCUACCUAGGUUUUUUAGGUGUGACUCAGACAGGUUGAGGAUACCUGUGAGAAAAGCUUUACUAAUAAUUCCAGCAGGUGUGUGUGUGACAGUGUGUGUUUGUGUGUGAGUGUGUCUUACAAAGAGAGAAUAGUGAGGGCAGUCUGCAAACCAUUAUAGUGCAUUUUUUCCCAUCUUCCAGCGGGUGUUUGAGAGUGACUUUUGUUUUUUUUUGUUUUUUGUUUUUUUUUUUUUAAAGGUGAGACAUGAGAAUACUUAUUUUUGUUGUUUUUCCAGAGGGGGGUUCUCUACUGAUUAACUAGAGCCUUUAACCAAGCCAGUUUUUGGUUUAUAAUGGUAAAACUAAAGUUUGUGUUCUACUUAUGAUCUUAUUUCGCUGACAACUGAUCUUCUUGCCACUGACUUGGCUUUAACUGCGUCUGUUUCAGUUGGUGAUUCAGAGAUUUUAAGAUGCUCUUGUGGAUCAGCCACACAUCGAGUUGUCAUAUGUUGACCCACCACACUGGUUUGCUGGUUUUUAACGCUGACAAAAGAAGCGUGGGGCACCAGUAAGGAAAAAGGAGCUGUUGUAUACCUCAUUUCUAACUCAAGACUGAGUAAAACCUGCUUUAAUCUACUUAAGAAAUAAGAAAAAUAUUUUAUAAAAUCUCAAAAAAAAAGGAGGAAAAUACACAAACUUGUGUCAGUGGAGAAGCCCAGUCAUACCUGUACUUAGUGAAAGGGUUGUGGAAAAUCCGCCACAAGGGGGAGACAGAAUACAUACCAGUACUUAUGAAUGUCUGCUGUUUUUCUUUCACAGUUUGGUGUUUUUAUGCUGCAACACUGACAUAUUUUUGCAUUGGAUGGAAAUUAUUUGUUGUAACUUGAGAUAAAUGUUUCUUUUAUCCUUACUUCUCAGUUUAAAGUUACUUUCUGUUAUAUAAAUAGAUCACUUGAUGAAUGUGGUGUAGGCAGACUUGCAUUUUAACACCUUAAUGUUUGAACAUCUUUUUAAGUUUGACAAUCCUGAUUUUUUUUUUUUAACUUCAUUAUCACUCUGACCAGGUACAGGUAUGUACGUGUCUUCCCACAUGACGGUGCGCUGUCGCAGCCCGCUCUCGCUUCCCUGUGGUACCAACAUUAACCAAAGACUUCUAACUUGAUUGUAUACGAAUGACACCAUCCCUCGCCCAUCCCCGCCUCACUGCUCAGCAUCAAACCCCGCCUGCACGCUCAAACCCGAGUCCUCGGUUCAUCUGUUUAAAAAAAAACAAAAAAACAAACAAACAAACAAAAAAACAACAACAAAAAAGUUAGCUUUCUAUUGCAUGCGAAUGUGUAUCUGCCCGGAAAAACACUCCGGCAUCCUGCCGGUGCAGCGGUUUCAGUGCCUGUGGGCGGGGAUUGGAUGGGAUGGAACGGGAAUUGAGCGGGCUUCUCUCCGACAGACACAAACCAAUCUGGUGGUAGCUGGGUGAUGUUUGUUAAUACACACUGAGGGUCAAUCCUGUGCACACUGUACAUGCUCAGGACUCUAUAUGUUUGUCUGUCUUGAGCGCUGUUGCUAGGAUGUUCCCCCUCCACACACUCUCUCUCUCUCUCUCUCUCUCUCUCUCUCUCUCUCUCUCUCUCUCUCUCUCUCUCUCUCUCUCUCUCUCUCUCAAGGACUGUGGUGAAAAUGCUGUUCCUGCCUCUCACGGUGCAUCUGUCUCUCCCUCAUCACCUGUACACUGUAGUCCCAGGACAUUACCCUGUUGUCUUCAGGAAUACACGUCCUGCUGGCGCUAAAACUCACUGCUGUGUCCCCCUUCCCUUCUUCCUCCUCCACCUUCUCCUCCCUUUUGCCCCCUUCCCCUUCUGCUCUCUCCUUUGACAUCGUCUCUUCACUACAGACUUCUGAUCAGCUGUGACACUAUGCAUCAUGGUCCUUCACUCUGCAUGGACUGUGUCCCUCUGGCUCAGACCUCUGGCCGACGGGCUUCAGUGACACUUUGUUUAAUGCUUUACUCUAGGUGAGGUUGUAGGACCUCACAAGCGCUAUCCCAAAGCAAAAAAUCCAAAUAUUUAACUUUUGACAAAUGCAGAUACCAAAGAUAACUCUCUGUCCUGUGUGUGUCUCUCUCUCUGUUUUCUCUCCCUUCCACCCUGCAGCAUGUGUAUUAAGAGACAAACCCAGCACUGGCUUUAGUCCUAGCCUCAGUAAUUCCAAAGCUUAGAUGUAUAUUUUGGUAUAUUUCUGAGAAAAACUUGCGUGAAAAGCGUCUGUUUCUUGUUUGUUUGUUGUAAUCUCUUUUUUCUGUCACAGCAUGGAACUAAUUGCAAAACUGUCUUAUUCUUGGUAGGUUAAAGAUAUAGUAUUUUUGUAUGUUUUUGGGUGUGUCAUGUGUGUGGUUAUCAGUUCACAGCCCAAGUGACCAUGGCUUUCAACAAGAAAGAAAAAUAAGAAAAAGAAAAAAAAAAAACGCCAACCAUGUACAUAUUAAGUCUGUGUAUCUCAAGAAAUGCAUUCUGUAAAACAUUUACUACUCACGUUGGAAGCUUGGGCUCAUCUAAAGGAAUGUGUCCCCGUUUUAUUUCCCUGUUUUUUCUUAUUCUGCAGUCUGAUGAGAAUUGACUUUCCUGGACUCUAAUGUAAAGAGUUUUGGUUUCCAUUAUGGACUACAACACUGAGGGACACUGCUCCGAUCUGACUACAAGACAAAAAAAAAAAAAGAAAAAAAAAAAGGCCCCCAGUCAUGGCGGCAUAGAACUGAAAGAUUGUGUAGGAGUUUUAAGUAUGUGAAUCAGGAUACAUAGUAGAUUUUGACGAAUUUGUCUGCUGUAUUUUUGUUUGUUUUGUUUUUAUACACAUAUAAAGAUAAUCUUUUACUGUAACUGUACAGUUCUCUUUUGUUGUAAACAUCAUUAAACCAUUUUCCAAGU